AUGAAUAAAUACGAAGUUUUAGGAGUUGUUGGAGAGGGUGCUUACGGCGUGGUUCUCAAAUGUAAGAAUAAGGAGACCAAUGAAAUAGGUUAGAUUUGAUAUUAAGUUGUAUAGUGGCCAUAAAGAAGUUCAAGGAAACCGAAGAGAAUGAGAUAGUGAAAAAGAGUAUUCAAAGAGAAGUUAAAGUACUUAGAUUGUUGAGACAUGCUAACAUAGUGGAAUUGAAGGAAGCAUUCAAAAGGUAGUAUGAUGUGGGAAGUUAAUUAGAAAAGGGAGAAUCUAUUUAGUGUUUGAGUAUGUGGAGCGUAAUCUACUUGAAGUUCUAGAGGCGUCUCCUUCAGGAUUAGAAGUAUUUAGUAUCUUUAUGACCAUAGCCACUCUAUAUUAAGAGAAUAAUUUUUCAGUUGCUUAAGGCAAUAUAUUGUUGUCAUCACAAUGACAUUGUUCAUAGAGAUAUUAAACCAGAAAAUCUGUUGAUAAGCAGCAACCAUUAAUUGAAGUUAUGCGAUUUUGGUUUUGCAAGAGUAUGAAGUUCAUUCUCAUUUAAUUUAGUCCUUAACUGCAUCAACCUAAGAUCUCACUGACUAUGUGGCAACAAGAUGGUACAGAGCUCCAGAACUCUUGCUUUCCUAUUCAAUAUAUGACAAAGGAGUAGAUAUGUGGUACAUAUUUAAACAUAAAUUUAGGGCAAUUGGAUGUUUGUUAUGUGAAUUGACAGAUGGAAAUCCUUUGUUUCCAGGUGAGAAUGAGAUGGAUUAAUUAUAUCUCAUCUAAAAGAUGCUAGGACCACUAACAUAGAGUUAAUAAGAAACAUUUUCGAAGAAUCCUAGAUUUUUAGGGAUGAAAUUCCCUGAAAUAUCUAAACCAGAAACAUUGGAACAAAGGUAAUUUUAUAAUAUUUAUGUUAAUUUUAGAUAUCUUUGUAAAUUACCAAAAAAAGCCAUAAAUUUUGUUAAAGGAUUAUUAAAGAUGGAACCAGCUGAGCGUUUGACUUGCAAAUAAGCACUUAGACAUUAAUAUUUCGAAGACUUGCCAGAAGCAGUUGAAUUCAUGAGAGAAUUGGAAAUGUAGAAUGAUUAAGAAAAGAGAUAAGUAAGUGCAGGUGUUCAUAGAACUGCUGCAUCACCGAACACUUAAUAAAAUGUGAUUAGAACAAAAGUAUUAAUCAUAGAUAAAAAAUAGACUAGUUUCAAAGUACCUAAUUACUUAGGAAAUCAGUUGAACAUGCAAAAUACUGCUUAUAAUUAUAAUAUAUAAGGAUAGCAAUAAGAGAAGGAUGGCAAGUAGAUGAAGAAAGCAGUAAUAAAUAAUCCUAAAAUCUAGUAGUCAAUAGAGAAGCUGGUUCCAGGAUUUAAGGAGUAGAAAUUGAAUAUGAAUUCUGAUACAAACAAGAUGAAGGCUUCAGGAUAAUCGUAGUUUAGUCAAUAAUAAUUAUAAAUGUAACAAUCGAUUAAGAUUCAAAACUUAAACAUCAUCUAUAAUUCCAAUACUUAUAAUCAAUUUUAGAAGAAAGGAGCCUUAACAAAAAAAUGA